AUGACGGCCUUAGUGAGACACAUUCGAGUACAUACAAAGGAGAAACCAUAUAUCUGUGACAUUUGCAAAAAUGCCUUCUCUCAAAGAGGUUCUUUAGUAAGUCACAUGAGAAGACAUACAAAGGAGAAACCAUAUAACUGUGAGAUAUGCAACAAGGACUUUUCAGAGAGAUCAGCCUUAGUUACACACAGGAGAGUACAUACAAAGGAGAAACGAUAUACCUGUGACAUUUGCAAAAAAGCCUUCUCUCGGAAAUAUGAUAUAGUAGUGCAUAUGAGAGUACAUACAAAGGAGAAACCAAAUAUCUGUGACAUUUGCAAAAAAUCCUUCUCUUAUAUAGGUUCUCUGGUAGUGCACAUGAGAGUACACACAAAGGAGAAACCAUAUAUCUGUGAGAUUUGCACAAAAGCCUUCUCUCAGAAAUGGCAUCCAAUAAGACACAUGAGAGAGAAACCAUGUAUCUGUGACAUUUGCAAAAAAGUUUUCUCUGAGAAAGGUUCUCUGGUGAGGCAUUUGAGGAUACAUGCAAAGGAGAAACCAUAUAGCAGUGAGAUUUGCAAUGAAGACUUCUCAGAUAAGUCUUAG